UGCACGUCAUGCCCGUUAAUACCUAGGUAGGCCGUCGUACAUCAUAAAGUCGACAUACCGCAAACGUCAAGUAAAUUAAAAAAAAAAAACACGAUCAAGUGGUGAUCGAGUGUUUAGGAUAAUUCUCCGUCCCACUACCCGUAUGAUUCAGAGUAAAUAGAUAUUAAGUAUAUAUGCAUAGUCAGGUAAAUGAUAACACUAAGGAUUAGCCAGAUAUACUGUACAUAGUCCAUACCUUCAUUGCUGAUAAGCAUUAUACCUAGAAAAGCAGGUGAACUACCCACUCGUCUCCACCAGUACGGAAGAAACGUGAUGGCUGACGAAACGAAGACACCAGAACAGGCUCACGUUGACGGAUUCGUCAGAGACGGGUUUGAGAAAGUCAGAGAUGCGUUCAGGGCCAGUCUGGAGGAUGGUUCUGACAUAGGAAGUUCGGUGGCUGUUUACUAUGAAGGGGAGCUCGUGGUGAACCUGUGGGGAGGAUGGAUAGAGAAGGAGGCGGGACUUAAAUGGAGAGAGGAUACCAUGCCUUGUGUCUAUUCCUCUACAAAGAGCCCUUCAGCCCUCGUUAUCGCACACCUUGUAGACAGAGGACUGCUAGACUAUAAUGAAAAAAUCUCCAAAUAUUGGCCAGAGUUUGGACAGAACGGCAAGGAAGACAUCACUCUGGAAACCUACAUCACUAACAAGGCUGGUCUAAGCGGGAAUGACGAGCCUCUCUCUAUAAGGCUCAUGCUGGAUGACCCCAAAAAGUUUGGAGAACUUUUAGCCAAACAGAAGCCGCUCUGGGAACCAGGAACAAAACAUGGCUACCAUCCGAUGACAUUUGCAUUAUAUUUGGACCAAAUUGUGAGGAGGGUGGAUCCAGAGGGACGUAGUCUCGCCCAAUACUUCCAAGAGGAGAUGGCCGGGCCGUUCGAUAUUGAAUUUUAUAUUGGACUCCCAAAAGAGCUAUACUACAGAGCUCCCCGUUCGUUUAUGCUGCCUAAUGCCGAUAUUUUGGAAAUGAUGAAAAAAAUGCAGGGAGAUCCGGAAAUAACGAAGGUUGUGAAUGAAACCUUCACAGACGUCCUGACCAUGAACAACCCGUAUAUAAGAGAGGUUCCCGUUGGAUCAGCCUUCGGACACGGGACUACUGCAUCUUUAGCUAAAUUCCACGGCAUCCUAGCCAAUGGGGGCGUCCACAACGGUAAGAGGCUAUUGUCAGAGGAGGCUAUUCAAAGACAGCUGGAACUCAAGUCCUACGGCAAAGAAGUUGUAUAUGGAAUGGAGUACAUGUUUAGCCUAGGAACCAUGGUAGUGGCCUCGAUGGACGAUACACAGCCUCCCGUGUUUUCCUUUGGUCAUGGCGGCUUUGGGGGUCAAAUGGUCAUUGCAGACCCUACUCACAAGGUCGGCUUUGCGUACGCCUCCAACCAUUUGAACCUCGACAUUGAGAACGAACGUCGCUGGAAGAAUCUUUACGACGUGGUGUACGAGUGUGUUUACAAGAUUAAGAACAUUACCGCCAAAAGGUCGUUUUUCCAAACCUACGCCAAAAUGAAAGCCGCACAGGACGCCUAAACAUUAUUAAGGUCCUUGCAGCCCAACGGUGUUGAACAGGAAAACAAUUCAAUCAUCUUAUUCACAAAACAAUAAUUUCUUGACAAUUUUGAAAACAAAUGUUGCCUUUCCUAUAAACUCUUUGGUCGGACAAGCCAGAUAAUGAACUGUUAUUAACAUCUUACUGAUCCGCCCUCGUUUGGACGAGAUUAUUGACUUAACAUUUUUCUUAACGGAGUUCCAUGUAAUUUGUUCAUUUUUAUCAGAUAUUGCACUCAUAUAUUUUUCAUAUUAAAAAUCAUUAUUACCAAAAGUGGUUCUUGAUCAUUUGU